CAUGCAAGUCAACUCUCGCCUUGUCCUGUGUGUUGUCACCUGUCAGUACUACAAUAUUCUGUGCCGCACUUGUGACGUAGGUCCCUGUUGGCUGUUGCUGCGCACGCGCAUAAAUAUAUGGUUGUCCUUCUUCUAGCUCCUCCUUCCCCGUCAAUCUUUCUCCCGAGCCACCUGCAGAUCUUUACCAGUGUGGAUCGAACAAAGCAUAAGUAUCCUUUGUUUGUUGUUUCCCAGGUGUGUUUUCUUCAUCCCCUUUCUGCGAAAGACGAUUGUUAACUGUAAGCAAAAGGCUGGGCUUGUGAGCUGGUCUGUAUGGGAUGUGCAUCAUCAAAGCAGUUCAGACGAGCUCCACCGCAUGAGGAUGCGGCUCUUCUGGCCAAAGAGACCACAUUUUCUUUGAAUGAAGUGGAGGCCCUCUACGAGUUGUUCAAAAAGAUUAGCUAUUCUAUAUUCAAGGAUGGGCUUAUUCACAAGGAGGAGUUCCAACUUGCUCUCUUCAGGAACAGCAACCGGAAGAACCUUUUCGCUGAUCGGAUAUUUGAUCUGUUUGAUCUGAAGCGAAAUGGUGUGAUUGAAUUCGAGGAGUUUGUUCGGUCCCUCCACAUUUUUCACCCGGAUACACCCAUGGCAGACAAGAUUGCAUUUGCAUUCAGACUAUAUGACCUGCGAGGCACCGGCAGCAUUGAACGUGAAGAGUUGAAGGAAAUGGUGCUUGCAAUCCUGAAUGAAUCAGACCUACUUCUUUCUGAUGAUGCUGUCGAACAGAUUGUAGAUCAGACAUUCAAGCAGGCAGACCUGAACAGCGACGGGAGGAUAGAUCCCGACGAAUGGAAAGAGUUUGCAAGUAAGAAUCCAGCCUUGCUGAAGAACAUGACUCUCCCGUACCUGAAGGACAUAACCAUGUCAUUCCCCAGCUUUGUUGUCUACUCUGGAGCCGGCGACGAAGAGUUGUAGCAGUAGCAGCCAUCUGCACAAGCAUCUGUGACUCUGACCUCUCAAGUCUCAGGCAUACAGCAUCAUGUUCACAGUACAAAUUUUUGGAUUAUGAAACACCGCUUUGUAGCAGAAACUGCAAUAGCAGAAUGUGCGCUGAGAAAUGGUACACAUCAGCUCAACAGCUGGGCAAUUUAUUUAUUUUGUCACCGAAUGGGCUGAUCUCUCUCAUACUUACAUUUGCAGUAUCUAACAGUUUGGCCAUAUAGAUUCUUCAUGGUGCAUUUACAGGCGAAUAUACGUGCAUUUAACCUGAACUGUCAAAAUCUGACUACUGAACUCCGUGACUCUCGAUAUACAUUUCACUCAAAAUUUGACUAUUGAACUCCAUGACUCUUGACACACAUUUCACUGUCCGACUCGCAGAAGUUCUUUGUCGAAAAUGAAAACACAGAAGUUGAGCAAGUAACUGCAAUGACGAUCCAGGUUGGUUCUACUGCUUCAGCUUCACCAUCUCCUGCAAGUUCACUGGAUAGCACAUCCUGGUGUGCUCACCAGACCACACGUUUUCUGCCAGGAUCCGGUUCACAGCAUCGGUCGGGUGGAAUUCAUCCCACCACACAUGGCUUGACGCGUCGCUGCACGCCAUCUGUGGAAGAACACAGAUGAAUAGCCCGCCAUACUUGCCAAGCCCACAGCAAGCAUCAGUGGUGGUCAGAAAGCCUGCAGUUGCAAGUCCACCAAAAAUGAGAAGACUUAGCACUCCAUUUAAAUGUACUACAAAUGUUACAGUUGCGAACCGGCACGCAAUUUAAAUGCAGUACUAAUGAUGCAUUUACUCA